AUGACGUCGAAGUCGCCGUUGGUUUAUGUAUGCGGAGAAGCGUUCUUAAAUACGCCAACGAAUCAGCCGAAUAACCCCUCGCUUAGGGACAUUGUAGUCAGCAAUUUAGUGGUGCGAUGGGCAACUCGAACGCAUCCGAGGUCAGAUAUUCUCGACCCAAGACAAGAAACAAAUAUGGAAUUGUUUCAAACGAUCUCCAACGCGAGUGUAUUUGUCUUCAUCUUCAGUAAAAAGACACUAGAAGACAGCUUUUUUCUGAACCAGUAUGGCAUCGCUAAGUCGUACAAUGUUCCCAUCGUGGGAAUGCGGCUGACGAAUUAUUUUCUGCGGAAUCCUUUGCCCGAACAGUUUUAUCGAACGGAAAUUGUCGAUAAUAGCGGAAACGAGUCAAACGGCCAAGUCGAAGCUAAACACGCGACCGGGAAAACAAUCUCUCUGGCAGAUCACCUUAUAGCCGAUUUCAAAGCAUCCAUGGUCUAUGGUCGAGAUUUUCACAAGUCUUGCAUCGAAAGAUUGAUCCACAAGGUAACUAAAGCGUGCGGAGCGAAAGAAAACGUAAAAACUGUUCCAGAACGCUCUCUCGAGAACUUCGCAAAAGUGCAUAUUGUGGUAAAAAGCAACGAGAAAUCUCACCCGCCAACAAAGUGCCCCAAAUGCGGAUUUGUCGUUGCCAAUUUCUCUCCGCCUAAGCUCCAGCGGGCCUCCAGUACAGGAUCGUUACUUCGCCGAAGCCACACGUUCGAGCAUCUGCCAACCGGUUGCCAGACAAACCAAAAAGCGCCCAUACCUCGAAACCGAACGCCACUUCAACCCGCAACGAUUCAAAUUCCAAGUCCACAUGCAGGCAAAACAACCAAAAAAGCCGAUUCGCCUUCUUAUGGUAACUGGAUUCAAAAGCUGGACAAAAAGCAACAAGUUCAUACGGAACCCAAAAUUCAGUCCAGAGCCAGCUCGGAGACAUCUUCGGAAAUCCAACCCGAGGAACCAAAAGCGGCUUCGCCACCGCCGAAGCCUUUGACGAACCCGAAGGUUUUCCGACGCCAAUCUCGAGCUUCAAACGGCAGUUGGACGGAAAGACUUCGAAGCAAACUUCGGCGACAAUCAAGCUUGCCAGUCAUUCCGACAACGUACCUCGUCACAACUCCAGAUGGGUUUGAGAAGCAGAUAUCCCUCGUAAGAUAUCCGCCCGAAAAACGAGAUCCGUCUUCGCCACGUAGCAGCGACGGAAUGGCUCUUUUCUCCGAAGACGAAGAUCAAGACACCAUCCACAUAUCACGUGUUCCAAGCCCUGAUGCACCCAGUGGGUGA